AUGACGGGAAGCGAGAAAUUGAAGCCGCUAGUGAUCGGGAAAUCGAAGUACCCUCGCUGCUUCAAAAAUGUCGCAACUUUGCCCGUUUCUUAUCAGGCCAACGGCAAGGCGUGGAUGACGCAGUCCAUUUUCAGGGAAUGGAUUUAUCGCGAGGAUGCGCGGUUCUCGCAAGAGAAGAGAAAAGUUUUAUUCCUCGUCGAUAACUGCCCUGCACAUGGAACUGUGCCGGGUCUGAAAUCCAUACAAUUGGAAUUUCUGCCAGCAAACACCACAGCGCUGCUGCAGCCUAUGGAUCAGGGUGUGAUCCAAGCGCUCAAGUCGCGCUUCCGCAAAAACCUUCUCCGGAGGAUGCUGUUAUGCAUGGACGAAGGGAACGACUACUGGGUCGACGUACUGCGCGCCAUUUACCUCCUUGAUGAUGCUUGGUGGCAGGUGAGUGCAACGACCAUUGCCAGCUGCUUCAGACAUGCACGGUUUGCCUCAGCUACAGAAGAACACUGCACACAGGAUGAGCUUGAUGUCCAAGAUGCAGACGAAGAAGAGCUGCUACUGGAGAAUUGUGCUGCGAUGGGCAUUCCAUUUGAUGAGUAUGUUCAAAUUGACAGUGAUGUGGCAACUUGUCCGGAAAACACCUUGGAGAGCAUGUAG